CCGGUGCCUGCCGCCCUCCCCGGGCGGGCGAGCGGGGCUUGGGGUACGGCGGAGCCUCGCCGCGAGCGGGCGGUCCCGGGACGGCGGCGGUGGCGGCGGCACCACCAUUAACGGUGGUGGCGGUGACGGUGGCACCUGCGGCUGCGGGGAAAGGCAGGGCUCGGCGGCCCGCCCUGCGCCCCUCGCCCGGCCCGGCAUGACGCGGCUGAGCCCCGGAGGCGGCGGGAGGUGGGUGCCGGUAGCCCUGGCCGUGCUUCUGGCCCUGCGAGGUCUGGUGUGUCCUCUGGAGGUGUCAGUCAGUUCGGGAAGUAUCCAGGUUGCCCGAGGCCAGACCGCGGUAUUGCCCUGCACCUUCACCACUAACGCUGCUCUCACUAACCUUAAUGUCAUCUGGAUGGUCAUUCCUCUUUCUAAUGCCAACCAGCCUCAACAGGUUAUUCUCUACCAAGGGGGUCAGAUCUUUGGUGGUGCACCCCAGUUCUAUGGGCGAGUGGGGUUUGCUGUGACAAUGCCAACCACCAGUGCCUCCAUCUUCAUCAACAACACUCAGCUAUCGGAUACUGGCACGUACCAGUGUUUGGUCAACAAUCUUCCCGACCGAGGCGUCAGGAAUAUUGGAGUCAUUGGACUUACUGUCUUGGUCCCUCCUUCUGCUCCACUUUGUAGAAUCCAGGGAUCUCUGGAUGUGGGCAGCGAUGUCACGCUGACCUGCAGCUCUGAAGAAGGCAUCCCCCGGCCAACAUACCUCUGGGAGAAACUGGACAAUGUUCCCAAGUUGCCCCCAACUGCCACACAAGACCAAGUCCAGGGCACGGUCACCCUUCGAAAUAUCAGCACUGUGUCCUCAGGUCUUUACCAAUGUGUGGCUUCAAAUGCCAUUGGAACCAGCACUUGCCUUCUGGACCUGCAAGUCAUUGCACCCCACCCCCGGAGCAUUGGCCUGAUUGCAGGAGCGGUGGCCACGGGAGCCGUUGUGCUUGUUGUUUGCAUUGUGUUGGUAGCUGUGGCACUGUUUUACUGGAAAAAUAAACACAAAGAGGAAGAAGAGGAAGAGAUUCCCAAUGAGAUAAGGGAGGACGACCUGCCGCCCAAAUGCUCCUCCGCCGCAAAGACAUUCCACGCCGAUGCGUCCUCAUCGGAGAACGACACCCUCACCUCUUCCAACACCUACAACAGCCGCUACUGGAACGACCCCAAAGCCAACCACGCCACAGACUCCUUCACCCGCUUCAGCAACAGCAAUGACGCCCACCAGCCCCCCUUCUCCCGCUCGGGGAGCACGAGCACCCGCCCCGUCUAUGCCAACGGCGGCCACCCCUCUCCCGCUCCCCCUAAGACGCUGGUGGUGACAGCCAGCACGGCGCCGUCCCCUCAGGAGGUGAUCCGGAGCAACGGCUCGAUCAGCAGGAAGCCGCGGCUGCCGCACACCCGCUCCUACGCCGUCAGCCAGGCCACGCUGGAGCGCAUCGGGGCUGUGCCGGUCAUGGUGCCCGCCCAGAGCCGGGCUGGCUCCCUCGUGUAAGGCCGUGCCGGCAGCCAAGAUCCCAGCAAGGGGCUUCUUGUACCUCAUGGGGCGAAAAGACCUUCCUGAAAGGUGGUGAGGCGAUGGGGGACACACACACACGCACUCGCCUCUUCCCCAUGCCCUCUCCUCCUGAGGCCGCUGCCAGCCGGUGGGACAGCCAGGCCACGCCGUAUCGCCCCUGGCUCCUUGCGCCGGUGGAAGCUGCAGAUGUGCCAAGGCCAGGGGAGUGGGGAGGCCAAGGUGCACUCCCUGGCUGCUGGGCCCCAGCUGGAACUUGCACCUGGCCCUGACUUUGGGUGGGGGGGACUUCUGCUUUUGUUUCCCAUUGGUUUUGUCGGGGUUCGGCUCCAUCCAUGGGUCUUUCAGGAAGGUUUGGGGAGAUCUAUAUUUUUGGGGUUUCUUUUUCAGUUGUUGUCACUGUUUUAUUUCCAAGAGGAUGUCAGGCUGCAUUGGGGUGGGGGGAAGCUAAGCAUGGAGGGGUGCUGAGGCAGGGUAUGCCUCAAAAUGGUGGCCCCAGCCCCCUUCCCAUGGCCCUGGCUCUGCUGCUGGAAAGAGGAGGGCAGGGUACUCGGGCUGGGUGUGAGGAGGGGCAAGAAGAAGGGACAGCCACCAGCACGGCCAAGGGGAUGGCUGGAUGGAGACAUGGAUAGGGGAGCAUUAGUCUUUAUUUUCUGCAGUUCUUCCCUUACCCCAACACAAACACACAGAGACAGAUACAGAUAAAACCGCAGACACACACAGGUCCUUCUCAGACAGGGUGUUUUUCCUGCACUAGCUCAGGGCACUGCCAGAGCCCUGUUCAUGGCUGCGGAGGAUGCAGUCAUCUGAGCAUCUUUCCCCAAGACACUCCAUGCAGGGGGAGGAUGCUACUGCUACUGCUGCUGCUGCUGUAGGGCUCAUGGCUUUUUGGUUUUUUGGUGGUGAUGUUUUUUUUCUGUGGGAGGUGUUGCUGGGUUUAUUCAGGAGGCACGGAGGAGCAGAGUGGUGUGGCAGAGCAGCAGGCAAGUCCGGAGGUGCCUGCUGCCCCUAGGCUAUCUGGUUUGGGUCAAGUGGCUUCAAACACUGCAGCUUCGGUGUUUGCGUGGUGGACUUUCCUUCUUAGGCUAUCCAGGGCUGGCUGGCAUGGCAGGGCAUACAUUGUGCUUGGGGCACUCACACGGAGGAAAGUUUCCAUUCCCACUCUCCCAUGUGCAUGGACUUCCCAGAUGCUGAGGUUGGCAGGAUUUAUUUCCAAAUCCUUCUCCUUGGAAAGAGUGAAAGCAUGGGCAUAAUGAAGGAGGCAACCCUGUGGAAGCCCACAUGCUAUCUCUCUGCCUCCCCUGCUUCCCUCAGCGUCCUGGGACUGCAUACUGGUGACAUCUGCCAGUGGCUCUGCCAUCUCAUCACAGCCAGGGAGGUGGUUGUGGCUGGCACCUAUCCUUUUUCUAUUGCAACUAAAUAGCCUUAAUCAAAGCCAAGAGAUGAACCACUGGAGGAAUUCGGUGCCAUUUGGAGGGCUGGACCAAGGGCUGGAACUUACCUUUCUAGAGAACACUGGCUCAAAGAGAUCAUGCCUGGGUGGAUGUCUUGACCCUCUUGCAUAACACCAGCCCUUUCACAUGUAAAGGUAGUGGUCACCUCCAAAAGCACCAGAGCCCUCCCAGGUCUACUCUUGCAAAAGCAAUGUGAGGAGUCACAGGUGACUUUUUGUAGCUCUCACAUUGGAAAAAAAAGAUCUGUUGAAGCCAACAGACUCUUCCUCAUCCCCACUUUCCUUGUCCUGGCACAGCUUUACUUUCCCUAACAGUGCACAAACCUUGGGCAGGGCCUUCUGCCUGAGUGGUACCUUUCAAAUGCAAGCACAGACUAUGAGGAAGAGGAGGGAGAGGUGAGGGCUGGGUUCCCACGUUGACACAGCGACUUUUUGGGGAGGCUGGGGGCUCCCAGGUGGUACUAAGUUUGAAGCUUGGCUGAGAUUUUGUGCCUUCUUUGCUUAAAAUAAAUGAGAAAAUAAAAAAGGAGAUAAAUAAAACCCAACCUCUCUUCCUUCCCCCCCUACACAACUCCUUGCAGAAUGGGUGCAAACCUCUGCAGCAGAGCAGGCUGGUGGCUCUGUGGGGGUUUCUCCAAGAGACAUCCUCCUUCCUGCCUGUCUCUUUGCUUUGCUGCUGGGUGGUUGUAUUGAUAGGGGAAGAAGGGUGGCUUUGGAAAUCCUAAUGUGGGAGGCAAAAAAAAACCCACCCAAAACAAUCAAAGAACAGCCCAGACACAUUCUCCCUGCUUGUACAACCACCUCUGUGUGACAUUUGCAGGAACACUGCCCUCAGCAGGCCUCCUCUUCUACUGGGAAAGCUCUUCUGAUUCCUACCCUCCAUGAGACUGUUGCUCCUCUUUCUUUGUUCUUUCUAAUUGUCUAAAAUUCAAA